AUGGUUCCAUUCAUCGAUGAACAAGGUCGAAAUUUGCAAUUUAAAAGUUCGCCACCAGUUAAUGGUGCAAAUGUUCGAAAAACUCAAAAAAAUCGUUCUCGUGUAAAUUUUCCAUAUGAAAAACCUCAGUUACGUUCAGCAUCAUCGUCAUCAUCAUCACCAUCACCGAAAAGCAAUCGGCGUGGAACAAAAGAUAAACGUUCGUCGUAA